GGGCCUAUAACCUGUGCCAUUCUGUGUUCACGAAUGUCAUGCAAAGAGUUCCAGUAUUCAGACGGAAGUCGCUUAUGCAUCACACGACACACAGAUGCAGUAUCUGGUGGUGUCAUUAACCCAGGCAGUGGUUUGUAUCACACUUUCAUCGACACCAAAGAAGAUCCUGCGACAUGUUCAGAGAUCAGGAAGGACAACCCAGCUGCUCACAGUGGAGAGUAUACCAUCAUGCCUUCAGCUCCUCAGUUCAGGGGAAUGUCAGUGAAGGUUUACUGCUUGAUGAAUGACACACACCAGCUGGAGUAUGUCACACUGCCAAACGAGAACGUCGGAAACUAUCCUAAAAGGUCGAAUGGUAACUGUGGAAAUGAGGUGUCAUAUUUACCGGCAGUUGCUGUUGGCAAAGAUGGAGUAACAGUGUAUCAGAAGAUCAGAAUUCUACCGUCGACAAUGACUGUUGUGAAAACUGACAUCACCUUUACCAGCGGGACCAAGACGGAGCCACAUCAGUUUGGUAGAGCAGAGGAUUGUUACUCAUAUAAGGGACACUGCAAACGAGUGGGGACCUUUCACAUCGACACACUGGGGACUGGGAUGAAGUUUGCCUCUGAUCUCGGGUGGACUGGAGACGGAUACGGGUCCAAAGUGUACAGUGUUACCCGGUCACAAGAUGGUGCUGUCAUUGAUCUGGUAUGUGGAGGCUGGUGUGCGGGAUGUGAUCCUAUUGGAGACAUGGUCCUCUACCCAAACAGUCAGGAUAUUCAGCCAUAGACCUGGUGUGGAAGGUUGUGUUGAUGAAGCCCCAAUAUGUGAACAGUAAAAACUGGAGGAUGUUUUUGCGAUUGAUGAUGUUCUUCAACCGAAAUACAUUAGUCAUUCAUUCUACAGACAUGUAUAAAACACAGUCAGGUAUUAGCCUUAAAAGCAGUUCCCACAAACACAGACAUGUUCAGAUGACAUUGGAGAAGUGCGACUAUAUCCGCUUAACAUCGGUUUUAGUUUUGAGGCGAAAACUCAGCACUAUUUGCAAUAAAGACCGUAUAUGUCAAUAGAAUUAUCUGCCUUGCUCUCUCAGAAUAGGUUUUCAGCACCCUAAUGCUAAUCAAAAAGGAGAACAAAUCAAACUGAUGCUUGCUAUGCUGUCAUCACUAAUGAACACUCAUGUAUUCAUUGUCAUUGAAUUCUGACAAACUCAAAGUAGUUUUCUCUUCCACUUCCUACAAAUACAAUGGUGUCUUUCCCAGUAGGCUUUAUGUUAUUUGUACAGUCUGAUAUCCGUAUUUAUGUAUUCAGUCAACAAGUGCUUACAAUCAUGCGAGAAGUGAUUUUGUUUAUUGUCCCUUGCUUCAGCAAAAAGGAAAUUGAUUUUUAUGGCCGUGGUAUUUGAGUCCCUCGUGGCUUUACAUAGAAUCCAGUCUAACUGGUGAUUUGCUCAGCACACUAUUGGAUGUCACGUCGCCUGAUUUCAUGUGGCAUACUUUGUGUUAUAUAUUGGCUUUAAC